AUGAGUGGCUGGGCUGACGGCACCUGUCCGCCAAUCUACUUGACCCCCUCCUCGCCUCACUGCUCCGUGUCUCCUCCACCUCGCCCCGCUACUGCACCAUCGCGUCGCUGCACAUUACCAGCACUCCCAUCACAACCCUCCAAAGGAGCCAAGAAGUUGUUCUUGAUUCCUUUCGAAUUGUUUUCGAACGGUUCGAAGGGUCUUGAGAAUAACGCACCGACUCCGGCAAACUGGAUUUUGAAGCGCGAUGUCUUCCCGUCUGCGUAUCGGAACGCGGUCAACCAGGAGACCACCAGCACCAAGGUAGAAGGCGAAGUCAAGCUACCUGACCAUCAAGCACACGGACGGGAAGGUCACGAAGAGACGCACGAAUCCUUCUCUGCCACCGUCCACCAGCAGCAGCAGCAGCAGCAGCCGCCGCCGCGCGACACGCACAUCAAGGAAGAGGUCCGCAUCUACGAGGAAGAGCGCCGCCGCCCGCAGCAGCCUCACCGCGAAGAAGUCCACAUCCACGAGGAGACUCGCUACCGCCAGCCCGAGCGCGCUCAAUCUCAGUUCGACCGCCAGUCUCAGUACGAGUCUCGCCAGUUUGACCGCUUCCCGCCCCAACCUUCUCACUCCCACACCCACAUCGACAUCAAAGACAGUACCUACGACAGACACUUCAACACUGUCCACGGCCCUGCCACCGACUACGCGCCCACCCCCAUUGACGUUUCCGAGCGCCAAUUCCGUGAACGCACCCGUCCCAUCGUCGAGGACUCUCGCUCAGGUUACACCCGCGAGACCUUCACUGCCAAGCACCAGGACACCGUCGACCGACGCCAUCCUGAGGUUCGAGUAGAGACAUCUGCUCGUUCCACCGCCGAGCCCUCCAAGCACCGCCGCCUUUCCAUGGGAUAUUACGACAACGAAGGUCAAUACCACUCGUUCCGUAACGCUGCCCACAACGCUGCCCACAAGGUCGCCCACAAAGUCGCUGAACGCGUAGCCCACCCCAUCCACCCCCACCGCCACCACCACCACUCCGACUCCCACUCCUACGUCGGAAACAAGUACUCCGACGACAAGGAAGAGAUCAUCGUCAAGGAGAAGUACACCACCAGUGCUCCUUCUCACGUCUCUGCCGCUCCCUCCCACGCUCCCGCUCCCUCCCACGCAGCACACUCCCACGUGUCUGCCGCCCCCGCUCCUCUCCCCAGCCGCCCCGUCUCGUCCGGUGCUCCUGUCCAGAGGUCUACCCGUGUCCACCCCGCUCCCGCAGUUACUCCCUACGUUCCUGCCGCCCCCGCAACCGCACGCAAAAUGGCUUCCGCUAACACCAUCACCAUCCCCUGCCACCACAUCCGCAUUGGCGAUCUCCUGAUCCUCCAGGGCCGCCCUUGCCAGGUCAUCCGCAUCACCACCUCCUCCCAGACCGGCCAGCACCGCUACCUCGGUGUUGACCUCUUCACCAAGCAGCUCCAUGAGGAGUCCAGCUUCAUCUCCAACCCCGCCCCCUCGGUCGUUGUCCAGAACAUGCUCGGCCCUGUCUUCAAGCAGUACCGUGUUCUCGACAUCCGUGAGGAUGGCCGCGUUGUUGCCAUGACCGAGACUGGCGAUGUUAAGCAGGGUCUUCCCGUCCUUGACCAGAGCGGUCUCUCUUCCCGUCUUGCCGAGUCCUUCGACAACGGCCGCGGCUCCGUCCGCAUCCUUGUCAUCAACGACGAUGGUCUCGAGAUGGCUGUCGACUACAAGGUCGUCCACGGCUCCAAGCUGUAA